CAAGCAGGACGGUUCAGCAUGCGUUUGUGCAAUGCCGAUGUCGAAGAAGCUGAAAGAAAUCAUCAAGAGAGUUUAGAUGAUUUCGAUGAAGCUGGGCAAGACGAGGAUGGCUGCAGAUCUUUCUUUGAUUUGCGCCAGCGAACGCUGAGUGGAAUGGAUUUGAUGCCAGCUUUCCGAAUCGUGGUGCUCGGCCUGCUUCGCAAGCUGAAAAACAACACGAAAGACUGCAUUCUCUACUCAGAAGUGGAGGAUGCGCUUGGCCGAUAUUUCCGAGUUCUGGAUGCUGACAUGCAGAGGUUUGCCAGCUUGCACGAGAUUCUGCGGGACGCCGCCGACAAGGCGAGGGAAAGCACCCGACGUGAAGCUGCGCCUUCCGUGACCCAUGCCGCGAACCUCUUGCUGGAGGGCAUGCGAGAGAUCGCCGUCGUGCUCUUGGCCUGUGGUGAAAGGCAGCGGCAGUGCCUGGAUCUGAAGCUCAUGACCCAGCGUUCCAUCGCGACCGCAGCUGACGCCCCCCUUAUCAGCUACUCAAAAUACGCAGAGUUCUUGGAUGAGGCCCUGGCGCUUUGUGAUCAGCUCCGGCGCAAGCACGAGGAGCUGCAGCAGCAGCGGAUCCGUGCCAUGGCCAAGCUCACAGACUUGAAGCUGGCGCCUAGAGAGGUCCAAAGCGGCUAGGUUCAGGGUAGGCCCAAGCAGAUUUCGCCGUUGCACGGCAAAAGGUUUGGCGCGUCCUGCCUGAGCAAGAGAAGUGGAGAUUGAAAGAUCAUAGGAGGACCUUGCGAACAUUCCAGACUGCGCGGAG